AAUCCGCCAAAAUGUACCGCUACUUGUUAAACAUUUCAUACAUUGGCACAAGUUUCCGUGGUAUACAGAAAACGAUAAAUAAAGCAGCAGAAUCGCAAGUGGAUACAAAAACUAUACAAGGCUGCAUUGAGUUGGCUUGUCGAGCGUUGCAUCCCAAAAACGAAAUCCAAACGGUGCUUUCAAGUCGCACUGACGCUGGUGUGCAUGCAUUACAUUCAACGCUUCACAUUGACUUAGAACGUCAUAAUUCGGAUCGCUAUGAACCUGCCAAUAUCACCAGCAUUUUGAAUUGCAUGCUUCAUAAAAAUGCGUUGCCAAUACGUGUAUUGAGUACCCAACAAGUUCCGAACACUUUCCACAGUCGCUAUCAUGCACGAGGACGCACAUACUUAUACCGAUUUGCUGUGGCCAAAAAUGGUAUUACUGAUACCGAUCGCCUGAAGAAUCAAAACUUUAAAGCUUUUAUACCGGUGGAGGAAAUAGACCGUUGCCUUUUUCUACAAAACGGUAGAUUUGAGAUUGAACGGCUGCGCGAGGCAACACGAAUGUUUCUCGGUUUACACGAUUUUCGCACUUUUUCGAGCGUCAGUCGACAACACAGCCCUACGCGCGAUCAUCCUAGAUACACAGUACGCACCAUCGAUGAAAUAACAUUAAAACCUGGAAAGUCUGCUGCGAUCGGCUCAAAUGCUGAAUUGGCCGAAGACAUUUACGAUUAUUGGGAAAUAGAGUUCAAAGCAAAAGCAUUUCUUUAUAAACAAGUGCGGCGCAUUGUUGGCACAUUAAUCGCUGUUGCUACUGGUCGUAUCGAUGAGCAAUCUGUGUAUCAAAUGCUAACGAUCCCAUCGAAAAACUCUUGGGAUCAUCGCGUAUUGCUCUCACCACCAUUUGGCCUUUACCUAUGUCGUGUGCACUACGAUGAAAAAGAUUUAAAGUUGCCUACUAUUGUCAAUGAAAAUGAGUUUCCUCCAGCAGCUACAGACUAA